AUGGCGUUGUACUCCAUCAUGGUGGACGCACAACCAAAGAACUACUUGUCGCGCAUGCCAGAAGAGAUAAAGCGCCUCAUCGCCGACCACCUUCCAAAUGGUGACCUUCUUCGACUAGCACGCGUCAGCCACAUCAUGCAACACCAAGCGCUGUUCGUGCUUUACUUUCGAGAUGCCACCCAGGGCACAUCGGAAGCCAUCAAAUUCGCCGUGGUGCGCAGCUGUUUGGCGCCGGCAGGCAAAAAAAAGAAGGCAGUCACGAAAUCCUGCCGAAAUAUAUUUGAGCGCUCCCUUCGACUGGGCGCCAACGUCAAUACCAUUCAUGUCAGGGGCUCCAGUCGUGCCACGGCACUGGCUGUGGCUGCCGCCUUCAAGAAUGGAUUGUUCUGGGUCCGAAGAUUGCUCGCCGCCGGUGCGGAUCGAACAAUCGUUUCCAAGAAUCUGCUAGCCAUGCCGGGGCUGGAAGGCCUGCGUGGCAAAUGGAAGGAGCAAUGUCGAAAGAUCGACAGUCCACGCAUGGUGGAUAAAGUGCUUCGAGGUCAAACAGAAUGGCUGCCCCUUUGUGUACCGGCCGUGAUGAGGUACGAUGAAAUCUGCAACGUUCUGUGUGAAGAUGAAAAGUCCUCGCCAUACCUUACUGUGCCAUACGAUGCCGUCGACACCCACAGACUCACCAUCUUGCAUACUUAUGCAUGGAAGCUGGAUACGGACACACCAGGGCAAUGCUUACGACUUUUCGAGAAGUACCCUAACAACUGGAACGAUUUGAUUCCACUUGCGGGAUACAAUGCUUUACAUCUAGCGAUAGCAUCUGGGAACAUGAUACUUUUUGACAAGCUCCUCGACGCAAGCAAUGCCAUCAUCGACAGUCAAGAAUGGACCAGCUCGCCGAUUAUAUGGGUCAUUGAAGAGUGCGCUGAGACCAGCAAGCAUCACGAACCGAAAGCCAUAACUCAGAGGAGACAAAGCCUCAAGCACAUGUUACAAAGGCUGCUAGACGCUGGGGCUAGCGCCCAAACCGGCAAAUACUACGGGAAGCCGAUGAGUCCAUUGAUUUUUGCCAUUAUCAAUAAAGGCAGUUAUUGGACACACCAUCGCCAAUUCUGGAUACAGAUAAUGGACUUACUCCUUGGUGCUGGGCCUGACCUUAAUGCCCUCCACGAAUGCGACACGUUGCUCCGUACGUCUUUUCCAGCCACUUGCACACCGCUCAUGGCUUUGUUGAUUGCCUUGACGAAAGCAAAGUCUGGUUCAAGGGAAGACGGUUUAUGGCCAAUGUUUCACAAGAUGGUCAAUGAGCACGGCGCAGACGUCAAUGUGUGCCAUUCUUCUCAGGGCUCGCUGAUGAGUCUCGUCUUCCAUCAUAUCCUAGAAAGUCAGGAGAAAGAUUUGCUGAGCGAGAGUGACGCAAAGUCAAUGCUAAGGCACAUGAAGAAGGUCGGUGCGAGGCUCCGGUCCAUAGAGGCGCCGAAUUUGUUGGAGCAUUGGCUUGACAAUCCCACACUUCGCCAAGGGUAUGAUAUACAACAGGAAGCAGUGUACAUGCCAGCAAACACUAUAGGGCCUUGCGCUUCCCGACUUCUGCUGCAGGGGAACGAAGACGAAUUUAUAUUCUUCGUACGCACAUUCAGGCCACGGUCGUGGACUGGUCGCCUUUUGGAUCAGGUUCUUGAUCCGGAGUUCUUCACGAAGAAGAGCUUUCGAGUCGUUAUGGAAGCUGGCGCCAAAGGUUGUCUAAAUAACCGGUCCCGCCUUGAUAUUUACUACGGCGCGACUGAAGCCAUCGCGGAUAUCCAAAAGCUCCAUUGCCUGGGUGCCAAGGUGGGAUCAGAACCGAGUGGUGUUUCGGCCAUCGACGAGUUCUAUUGUUGUGCCGACAAGUUCAAGACCGCGGAAACUCGCACUGGCGCGGUUAUGGACAAGGUCAAACUAAAGCUCUUUGAGUUGGAGAGAGAAGAGCGCCGCAUGAGUCGGAAUGGCUCUAGGCAAUGA